AUGGAUCGAAGCUUAGAAGAUAUGAAAUUCAUUGGCUUCUUCGGCAUCUUCAAACAAUCAUUCAAAACUAUCUUCUCAUGGAAAAAAAUCUUCGCACAAAUCAUUCUUACCUUAAUCCUUCCUCUCACAAUCAUCUUCUUAGCUCACAUCGAAAUCUCCCGUUAUUUGUUCUGGAAACUCGAACGAAAUUCAUUGCUGCUUGACACCGAUUCCUACUAUCGACUCCACGUAAGCGCCAUCGAAUGGCUCUACUACGUCCUAUUCAAAAUCGCCUACUUCAUCCUCCUCACCGUCUUCUCCCUCCUCUCCACCGCCGCCGUCGUCUUCACCAUCGCUUCCAUCUACAGCGACCGAGAAAUCGUUUUCCAAAACGUCAUGAAAAUCAUCCCGAAGGUCUGGAAACGACUCCUUGUCACUUUCGUAUUCAUAUAUCUCGCGUUCUUCAUCUACGACAUAAUCGGCGAAGUGGCACUCGUUAUAACCAGAUCUAUCUUUCAUUACUCAACCCUGAGUUUACUCCUUACGCUUAUCAUCCGAAUCUUAUACGUUAUAGGUUUCUUAUACAUGACCCUCGUUUGUGAAUUGGGUAGCGUUGUGACUGUUCUGGAAAAUAGCCAUGGAUAUAGAGCUUUGAGGAAAGGUAAGGAUCUCGCAAAUGGGAAGAAGAAAGUGGGAAUGGGAAUUGCAUUCGUGUUGUAUGGUUUUUUGGAGGGAUUACUUGUUGUGUAUCAGUGGUUCGUAGAAUAUGGGGGAGUAAAUUUCAAUUUGGCGAUGGUUUGGAGGGUGAUGAUUGGAAUCUUAUGUGGGUUUCUGCUUUUGAUGUUCUUGCUGCUCAUCGUUGUGAUCCAAACAGUGCUUUAUCUGGUCUGCAAAUCGCAUCAUGGAGAAGCCAUUGAUAAGCUUAGUUUAUCGACGUUUUUAGGAGCUUAUAUGGGGCAGACGGUGGCCGGCGAGGAAGUCCAGCUUGGAAGACCUCCACAUCAACAAGUGUGA